GUAGGCAUGGGUUACUCCAUCCACUCCUGCUUCCUUCCUUCCUUCCUUCCUUCCCUGAUUCAGCUGCUUUAGCCUCCCUGGAGCUGCAGGUGUUUAGGGGCCCCUGGGCCCUGGUCUUAACAGGUGCCAGCAACAGAAACAUGAGAAUGCAAAGCCUCCUCCUCCUGGGGGCCCUCCUGGUUUUGGGAAUCCAGCUACCUGCUGCCUCAGGCAGAAGGAAGAAAGAGAAGUCUGGCAGUUGUCCACCAGAUGAUGGGCCCUGCCUAUCUGUGCCUGACCAGUGCCUGAACGACAGUCAAUGUCCUACAAACAGGAAGUGCUGCAGCAAAGCUUGCUUCCGCCAGUGUAUACCUAAGAUCUCAGUGAGGGUGGGCAGCUGUCCUAAGGAUCGCCUGCAAUGCCACAGCCCUGUGCAGCACCUGUGCAAUAAGGACUCAGACUGCAAGGGCAGCAAGAAGUGCUGCCUCACUGCAUGUGGCCGGGACUGCCGCAACCCUGCCAGAGGAUAAUUCUGGAUUGGUAUCCAUGACUCUGAGCCUCAGGAUGGGGUUCCCGACAAGAAGAGACAACAAGGAGGGGUCUGGGACCCUGACACCCAGACAUACCAUCUCCUCUGAAUUUCCAACAAAAGCUGGCCAAUUGCCUCUCCCCCUGAAGUCCACCCAGGCCCACCCAGUUCCUCCUCUGAGGAGUCAAGGCCCACAGCCACACAGGACUCUAUCACAUCUUCUCACUGCCCAACAGAGCUCAUGCCUCCCAACACCCACAUUCACUCUCUCUGUACAUGUACCUCUUCCAUCUAAAAGGUCCACUUUGGGAACACUCCUCUUUGUGGACCUCUGGUCAUUUACUCAGGCACUUCAAACCCUAAUGUAUACUCUAAGUAGAGUUUGCUAAACAACAGUCUAUCAAAAGGCCCCUUCCAAUUUUGUGCCAUUCCCACAAAAGAGCAUUUUGACAUUUUGUGUACUGCCUGUGCUAUGGUUUACCUAAUGUUUUCUCUAAAUCAAAUUCAUUUUUAUAUGUAAGUUCACUUCAGAAUCUUGACACCAUAACUGUAAGUGGAAUUUUAAAAAGUGACCUGCCACAAACAGGAUGUAAUUGUGAAAAUCAAAUGCAACAAAACAGCUAAAUUCCACUAAAAUAAACCAUAUCAGAUCAAAUAAUGUUGCUAA